AUGAAUUUUCAAAAGCUGAACUAUGACCAACUGGAUGCAUUACUCUGCAUUGACGGUCUUCAAAGCAAAGAGAAUUUAUGCUCCACCGAAGAAGCUCAUCAAAAAUUUAUGAAAAUUUAUCCCAAGAUCUUCAUUAAAAAAAAGCCCAUAUUGCCAGGUAUUCCUGAAAAAAGAACAAUAGGGGUACAUUCCUGUAAUUUCUGUGCUGAUGCUAUACCUUCUGAAGGUUUUCACAAUAUACAGUUCUAUUUGAAUAGGAUGACAAGUCCCGAUAGGUUACAGCCCAGCUUUCCCAAAUCCCGAGAAAGUAUGCACAAUUUAAUAAAAAUACUCAAGAAAAUACCUAUUCUAAGAACUGAAGAAGAACAUGAGACUGUCUAUAAAGUACUGAACGUCAUUCCUGAUAUUAAUGAGCAAUUAUCUGAAGAAGAGAUAAAGGAAGUCAGCAAAGUAGUUGUAAGAGAAUACUGGGUGAAGGAAAGUACAGUUGAUGCGAGCCAAGGAUUUUAUAUUAUACUUAGAGGCUCUGUUAAGCCACUGACAAAGUAUUACAAAAGACUUAUUGGAGGAAAUUUUAUUUCAGUGCCUCCUCAGGCAACUUCUGUUACAAAUGAACCAAACCCAACCCAGGUAGCAUCAUCUGAUAUGUUUGGUGUAGGUUGCUGUUUUGGGACUUUCGUACCACUGCCUUCAAAGAUGAAAUAUGAUAUACUUUGUAUUCUGACAGAGGAAAAUUGUGAUUUUAUCAAAAUUCCAUCCAUCAAUUACUUAAGGGUAAAAGAGGAAAUAGCAAAACAUGAGCAGCAUGCCAAAGAAGUAGUAGUCCGUGGCUCUCCACAUUAUAAAAACUGGCCGCUGAUAUUUAUAUUUAAGUUAACUGCUCAGUUAAAAUGGAGGAAGUUUCCAAAAGACUAUGUGUUUAUGGAAGAAGGAGAAAUAAGCAAAUAUGUAGGAUUCAUUAAAUCUGGAUACAGCGAUGCUUACCGAAUAAUUCCAGCUCUUGUAAAGCGACCUUUGGGGAAAAUGAUUAAGCAAAUGAGGCAAGUUUUCAUUGGCCAGUUACAUCGAUACCAAUCCUUUGGAGAAACGAGUGUUCUUCUUCAGACACCAUCUACAUAUACACUGAAAGCAGCAACUCCUGUUGAACUGGGAGUUAUUAAUGCUACAGAUGUGCUUGCUUUAGAUCCAGUGAUACAGAUGCUCCUUCUACAAAUAAUACAACCAUCAUUUGAAAAUAUCACUUUUGUAAGGAGGCAGGACCUAUUUGACUGGUCUGCUCUUGUAACCUUUGGACCUGUUGAGGUUCAAAAGAGAGUUGGGCCGGGGGAUAUUCCUGAGGUUCUGCUGCAUGGCCCUGCUGAGGCCCUGGCUUCUACCUGGAAUAGGGAGAUAGUGAAAGCCUUGGGCAAGGUCUUGCUCAUACCAUCAUGCUCAUCGCCUCUCAUGUUUACAGAGGAGUUGAGGGAGUUGAAAUGGGUCAAGAAACAUCUAGAGUACCAUGGAGGAAGCUGA